AUGGACAAGAGGGACAAGACCAAGGCUGGAGCCCCCGCGCGGACGCCGGCUUCUCGCUCUCCCGCCCUUCCGACCCCCAGGCCCCCAGGGUCUCCUCGACCCCCUCCUCCAGUAACUACCGCAGCCCUCCGAGUUCUGGGAGCAGCGGGGCGAAGGCCCCUGGCAGAGCGAGCCGGGAGUAUGGGGGGAGCCACUCUCCCUGAGGCCGCUCCCCGGAUAGGAACAGCGCGGAGCGCCGGGCCAGGCCCCCGGAGUCCAGCCUCCAGGACCCCCGCGGCUGUGAGAGUGGAGCGAGUCCCUGCCAAGGCCUCCGGGCCGGCCUCUGUCUCUACCUCCGCCCGUGCCAGCGGGACCUCCAGGCCGGGGGCUCCUGGUCAGAAGGGCCUACGACCUCCGGCUGAGGGGCCUGUCGCCCGAGGAAAAGCUCCGGAGGCACCCAGAAGGAGCGGCUCCAGUGCUGGGGCGCGGAGAGACGCUACUGGGCCCACUCCUGGGGCUUCCUCCCCGGCCAUCGCUCGUCGAUCCCGGGUGCCCGAACCCGAAGUGGGACUUCGCCGGGCAGCUCCGAGUACCCGGCCGCGGCCCCCCACUGAGGUCCCCAGGAGAUCAGCGAACUGCACCACGGAACGGAGUACUGCUGAGGCGAGUCCCGCCACCAGGAGGCGGCCGAGCGCCGGCGGAGGCCUCCAGAGGCCGGCCACGCGCCCUCUGGGCUCGAGCACCACCCUUCUGCCUUCUCCAGGUCGCUCUGGGGCUUUGUCCCGAGGGACACCCGGGGCUCUGGCUCACGCGUCCCAGCCCAAGUCGAAAGGUCUGCAGGCUCUGCGUCCCCUGCAGGCCACACCCCCCAGGAAGGCGGCAGCCACUGGGCGGGGCCAGUCGCCUCCUUUGGCCACAUCCUCUCUGCAGGGUCCCAGUGCACAGCAGGCACCGCCUCCCCAUAUCACUGACCCCUCGAUGCCUGCCACGUUAUCGGCUUUUCCACCGACCAUACCCCCUCUACCAGCCAAGCUCGGUCUUCAGGCCCUGACUUGCCCACCGCCUCUGCAGGUCCCGCCCUUUCCCCUGGCCAUGCCCCCUACACAAGCCACGCUCUCUUCUAUAGCCUCGCCCCCUCUGCAGGCCCCGCCCUCUCCCCCUGCCACACCCCCUCUCCAGGCCCCUUCUUCUCCGGCCUCACCCCCUCUGCAGAAUCCUCCCUCUCCCCCGGCCUCACCCCUUCUGCCGGCCCCUCUCUCUCCCCCGGCCUCACCUCUUCUGCUGUCCCCUCUCUCUCCCCCUGCCUCACCCCCUCUGCAGGUCCCUCCCUCUCCUCCGGCCUCACCCCUUCUGCUGACCCCUCCCUCUCCCCCUGCCUCACCCAUUCUGCAGGCCUCUGUCUCUCCUCCAGCCUCACCCCCUCUGCAGAUUCCUUCCUCUCCCCCCACCUCACCCUCCCUACUGGUUCCACGUCGUCCCCCGACCCCAGGUCCCGAUGCCCCAAUUCCCGGCUCAAGGCUGACCCUACCGCUGGCCCCAGCCCCGCCGCCGCCCUCACGCAGCCCGUCCAGUACGCUGAGCGGCCCGGACUUGGCCGGCCACAGCAGCAGCGCCACCAGCACGCCUGAGGAGCUGCGCGGCUACGACAGCGGGCCCGAGGGUGGUGCCGCAGCCUCCUUGCCCGCCGACGCGGAGCUCGCCGCUUGCCACCCGGCCGCCUGGAGCCGAGGGCCCGCUCCGCCGCUGGCGGUCCGCGCCGCCCCAGGAGCGCCCAUGCCAUGGCCGCCUGCUGCCGGGCCCGGCUCCGCUGAUGGUCUGUGCACCAUUUACGAGGCUGAAGGGCCUGAGGCGGCGCCCCCAGCCCCCGACUCUCUGGAUCCGGGGCCCGGAGCCAGCAGUGGGAAGGCGGCGGCGGCGGCGGCGGCGGGAACGGGGGCAGCCCCGCGGGGCUCGAAGCCGCCGCGUCUGGGCGAGCUGCCGCUGGGGGCGCUGCAGGCGAGCGUCGUGCAGCACCUCCUGAGCCGGACGCUGCUGCUGGCGGCGGCUGAGGGCGCGACGGGCGGCGGUGGUAGGGGCGCAGAGGGCGCAGGCGGGGGCGGCGGCACGGGGGGUGCCCGGGCUGCGCUCAGCGAUGCGGAACUGGGCCGCUGGGCCGAGCUGCUCUCUCCACUGGACGAGUCCCGUGCCAGCAUCACCUCUGUCACUAGCUUCUCCCCCGACGAUGUGGCUUCCCCUCAGGGUGACUGGACUGUGGUGGAGGUGGAGACCUUCCACUGA